UUUUAUUUUCAUUACUUAUUUUUUUCUGUUAAUUUUUGUCUUUUGCCUGUGAGUUUUUAGGUUAGUCGAUAUCAUCAGCUUAAUAAGGCGAGAGUAAAAUAUGACAGGAGUCGUGUGUGAAAUGGUCUAAAACUGGCACGUUGUCCUAGCAGGGGAAUUUUUUUCAGAGGAUCUGGCGCCCUGCCGUCCGUCGGUCAGUCAGUCAGUCAGGCAGCUGCUGUUCUUCACACAUACACACAAGAGACACACAGGUCUGAAUGGUGAAAGGAAGGUAAAAGCGGCUUCAGAAUCGCCUUUUACAGCGGAAUGUUCACUCGAAGGGGUUAUGGAGAUGUCAAGAAAUCUACACAGAAAGUUCUGGACCCAAAGAAGGAUGUUUUCACGCGCCUGAAGCAUCUGCGCGCGCUGUUAGAUAUUACUGACAGGAAUGAACUGAAGGCAUUUUUUGAAACCAACUGCUCACAGAUUUAUUUUAUCUUCUAUGAAAAUUUCAUUACACUGGAAAGCAACUUAAAACAAAAAGGGAACAAAUCUCAACGGGAGGAGCUGGACUCCAUCCUCUUUAUUUUUGAAAAAAUUCUGCAACUUCUACCUGAGAAAAUCAACAGUCGAUGGCAGUUUCACAGUAUAGGUUCUAUACUCAAAAAACUUUUGCACACUGGAAACUCGUUCAAGAUCCGCUGCGAGGGCAUGCGUCUCUUCCUGCUCUGGCUGCAGGCUCUGCAGAGUAACUGUGCCGAAGAGCAGCUCCUCAUCUUCGCCUGCCUGAUCCCAGGAUUCCCUGCUGUACCCUCAUCCAGAGGACCCUGCACACUGGACACCAUCAUAUACAACCCCUUUUCCAACCCGCCUGACGCCAAGAUCGUGCCAGAGGAAAUCAGCCCACUGGUGCCUGCGGUUCCCGGAGAGAAGGUGGCAGAUGACCACACCUGCUCUGUCCUCCAGAUCGUUCUCAAGGUCAUGGUUCUCCAGGCAUCCAGCUUGGACUGGAAAAACAAAGAGAGCCAGGACACAGGCUUCAGAUUCCUCUUUUCCCUGUUCAAGAAGUACUACCUGCCUCACCUCUUCCCCACUUUCACGAAACAAACCAACCUCUACAAGCCACAAUUAGAUCUUCCCAUUCACAGACCAAAGCCCCUGUACGUCCCCGUGACGCGUAACAGCGAGAGCACAUACUGCACUAGGGAUCAGUAUCUGGCUCCCCGGGUGGCCUUCAUCACGUGGCUCGUUAACUUCUUCCUGGAGAAGAAGUAUGUGAACUCGGCCACGAGCAGCUCUAAGAACGGAGGAGAGGUCCUUCCCAAGAUCAUCCAGACUGUGACUGCGGGCGGUAUCAGUCAGGAGAAGAGCACAGACUCCGAGCCCAACGGUCCUGUGGAACAGGAGAAGAAUCACUCAAACAGCAGCACGCUGUCAGAUCGCAGGGGCAGUAACUCCAGUCUGUGUAGCAUCGAGGAGGAGCAUCGCGCCGUCUAUGACAUGGUGCAGUCUAUCCUGCUCUCCACGCGAGACAACGUCAAUUUCGUCAAUGAGGUCUUCCAUCAGGCUUUCCUUCUGCCGGCCUGUGAAGCUUCAGCCACUCGCAAGGUGAUCAAAGUAUAUAGGAAGUGGAUUCUGCAGGAAAAACCCAAUUUCAUGGCCGAGCCUGAGACGACAAACCAGGAGGAAGAUGCAGAGGAAGAGCACCUCAUCUCCGAGACGGACACUGCGCACGUGCAGGUCUUGGAGACUCACGGACACAAACGAUCAUCCAGUUGGGGGCGCACCUACUCCUUCAGCAGUGCCAUCAGCAGAGGCUGUCUGACUGAAGAACAGAACCAGGACGUGAAGGCUGGCAUCCAGCCCACCCUGCAGGUGUUCCUGACAAACUCUGCCAACGUGUUCCUGCUGGAGCCGUGUCAGGAUGUGCCCAAGCUGCUGGAGAACCAGCUGGAGGUGUGCAGAGCUGUGCUCAGCGUCUACCGCCACGUUAUUAUGGAGCAAAACAUGAACCGCCAGACCUGGGAGCAGUUGUUGCAGGUGUUGCUGAGAAUCACAGAAGCGGUGAUGAAGAGGCCACAGGAGAACCAAAGAAAAGACGCGUUCGCCCACAGCCUGGCCAGCAUCCUCUUCAAAACGAUCUUCGUGGCGUGGGUUCGGGCCAACCUGACCGUGUUCAUCUCUCGUGAUCUGUGGGACGAGCUGCUGGCUGUGCUGUCUUCUCUCAGUCACUGGGAGGAGCUGGUGUUCGAGUGGGCCAGCAUCAUGGACUCCCUCACUGCAGUACUGGCCCGACACGUCUACGGCCUGGACCUCCACAACCUACCGCUGGACAAGCUCUCGGAGCAGAAGGAAAAGAAGCAGCGGGGCAGGGGAGCGAUGCAGGACUCCCAGAAGUCUACAGAUGCAGCGCGCUCGUUCUCUUUGAGCUGGAGGGGCUCCGGGGACCAGGUGGGCGCUCAGGAGCCCAUGAGGUUUCGCAGUGCCACCACCACUGGAGCUCCUGCUGUGGAGAAAGCUCGGAACAACGUCAGGCAGAAAGCGUCAGCUAAGCGAAGUCAGUCUAUCAGCAACUGUGUGCAUCUUUGUGAGGCUUUGCCGGCCACUAAGAGUGUGCCCAUGCUGCUCCACACUGUCAGCUCUUUCUUACCUGGUAUCUCUCACAACUCUCACUGCUCUCACAGACUCUCAGACGUGGAGGAGUGCCAGCUGUCUGAAUGUGAACUGGGAGACGGAGAGAGUCCUCUGCCCCGCAGCAGUAGCACCUCUGACAUCACCCAGCAGAUCCACGACACCUUCCCAGGUCAGAAAAGAGAUGAGUCUGUGGAAACGGGCAGAGCAUCCGUGUCGGAGAGCAGCUCUGCAGGGAAACGAGAGAGCGACGCUCCCACGAUUCUGAUCCGGCGGAGCAGCAGCCCGGCAGAUCUGGAUUAUCCAGCAGACGGCGCUCCGACGUUUUUGAAGAUUAAGCUACGGGAGAAAAGUGAGAGUGUGAGCAGCGAGACGUCUAAUGGUUAUCUGAACGACGCCGAGGCGGGUCUGCUGGCGUGGCACCCGGUCGAGGAGGAGCCGGACUCUCCCUCUACACACGACAUGAGCGUUACUGCGGACACCGUGAGCCAGAGGAGCCUGAUGCUCAGCCACACCGAAGCACUGGCAGGGUCUGAUUGUGCCGCCCCUCCUCACUGUCCCCCAGUGUCUCCAGCUCUCCUCGUGCCUCAUGGCUGCUGCGAGGGCCCUCAGCUCCUGGAGGAUGCCAUGAAUGUGCCUCACCAUCUGGACAGCAGUGAGUUUCUGGCUGAUGAUAUCAGCAUCAUCGCCGGCGGCAGUUUGACCGGCUGGCACGCCGACUCGGCCUUCGUCCUCUGGAGGAGGAUCUUGGGGAUUCUCGGUGAUGUGAACAGCAUCCGCUGCGCCCGCAUCCACGCCAAGGUCUUCAGUUACCUCUAUGAGCUCUGGCACAAGCUGGCCAAGAUCAGAGAUAAUCUCGGGAUCAGAGUGGAGACGGACACAGCCGUGGCCAGACCCUUGUUCAUCCCUCCUCUGCGCAUGCUGGCCUCCUGGCUCUUCAAGGCUACCAUGCUGCCGUCGGAGUUCAAGGCUGGGAAGCUGCAGGCAUACAAGCUGAUCUGUGAGAUGAUGACCAAGCAUCAGGACGUUCUGCCCAACAGUGACUUCCUGGUGCACCUCUACCACGUAAUGCACAAAGGCUUCACCAGCGACGAUCAGGAUGUGUUGAACACGAUGAUUAGGUGGUGCUCACCACGCUUCUUCUUCCUGGGUCUGCCGGGCUUCACCAUGCUGGUGGGAGACUUCAUCACCGCGGCUGCUCGAGUCCUCAACACUGACUCCUUUGAGGCUCCACGGAUCGAGGCUCAGACAGUUCUUGGUUCGCUUGUGUGCUUCCCUAACCUGUAUCAGCAGAUCCCCUCUUUGCAGUCUGUUCCUGGAUCGGAGGAUAUAGUAGUUGGCAAAGAGGACAUGAAGGACUACCUUGUGAACAUCCUUUUGAAGACCGCACGCAAUGAGACAUGUGAAGGAGCCAGGUGUGUAGCGAUCUGCAGUCUGGGGCUGUGGGUGUGUGAGGAGCUGAGACAGACAGAAACACACCAUCAGGUCAAAGAUGCCAUUAACGUCCUGGGCGUCACGCUGAAGUUCGGAAAUAAGGUGGUGGCCAAUGUGGCCUGUGACAUCUUUCAGCUGCUGAUUUCUCACUGGCGGCACUUACAGAGGCUGGAUCCGUCCCUUCCCAAAAGAAUCAUCGAGAUUUUUGUAGCAACCAUAGCAUUUCUUCUGCCCAGCGCCGAACACUCAACAGUUGAGGCAGAUAAAAAGUUAAUGGUGUCUCUACUGCUGUGCCUGCUGGAUUGGUGCAUGGCCGUACCUCUCUCCAUCCUGCUGGAGCCCAUCACCAUGCCUGUGCUGGACGACCCCGCCUCGCAGAAAGCCCCUCUGCUCGACUACAUUUACAGGGUGCUGCACACUUGUGUAUCAGGGUCUAACCUGCACACUCAACAGAGCCACUACCUCCUCAGCCUGGCUGAUCUGUCGACAGACUAUGAACCCUUCCUUGCUUUAGGCAACGUCAAGAGCUUUGAACCUCCGCCCGUCCACAAUGUCAUGGGAGACUUCGGAAAUCUUCUCACUGUGGCUGAAGAAAAGAAAAGGAGAAGCCUAGAGCUGAUUCCUCUAACUGCUCGGAUGGUCAUGACACACCUGGUCAAUCAUUUGGGCCACCAUCCUCUCAGCGGCGGCCCUGCUCUCUUGAACAGCCUGGUCAGUGAAAACCACGACAACCCCUACGUGGAGUCCUCCGAGCUCUCCUCUGAAGUCUUCAAAAGCCCCAAUCUGCAGCUCUUUGUCUUCAAUGACAGCACACUGGUCUCAUACCUGCAGAUCCCUUCUGAUAGUUCCAGCACGGCCGCGGUAUGCACCAGCCCGAGGGAUCAUUCCUCCGAGGUGCGUGUCAUUGUCAGGGACAUCUCGGGAAAGUACUCGUGGGACGGCGGCGUCCUGUUCCGCACUUUGGACGGAACUGGCUUGAGUAUGGGUGGCAGCAGAGAACGGUCGUCUCGCGACGGCGCUCGCUCUGAAAAGCAGGGCUCGGUGCGCUCCAGUAAAUGCUCCUCUGAGCUGGAAGUGGAAGAUGGCGCGGAUGUGCUGGACCAGCUACUGGAAGACCUUGGCCACAGCAGCCCCGAGUGCCUGCCACAGACCCAGCUAAGGCUCACCCAACCACCCUCUCCACCCAUCGGCAUGAACCCUGAGAUAGAAGGGCUCAUCAUGGAUGCCAUCCUCAGACAGGCCAAACAAGAGGGCGAGGAGCUGGCCCGGCGACAGACCGAAGAUCCCAGCAUCAGAGCAGAGAGACAGAAAGAGCCCACACACCACGAGCCAAAAUCUGCUUUUUACCUCUGCAGACUCCUCCUCAACGACCUCGGCAUGAACUCAUGGGAUCGCAGAAAAAGCUUUCAUCUUCUGAAGAAGAACUCUAAGCUCUUGAGAGAGCUGAAGAAUUUAGACUCGAGGCAGUGUCGAGAAACGCACAAGAUCGCCGUGUUCUACAUCGGAGAAGGCCAGGAGGACAAGUACUCCAUUCUGUCCAACACGGAGGGCAGUCAGGCCUAUGAGGACUUUGUCUCUGGGCUGGGAUGGGAGGUGAAUCUGGCCACUCACUGUGGGUUUAUGGGUGGUUUGCAGAGAAAUGGCAGCACGGGUAGCACAGCACCAUAUUACGCUACCUCCAACGUGGAGGCCAUCUUCCAUGUGUCGACUCGCAUGUCUUCUGAUUCAGAUGACUCCAUCACUAAAAAGCUUCGUCACUUGGGAAACGAUGAAGUGCACAUCGUGUGGUCGGAGCACACACGGGAUUACAGACGAGGAAUCAUUCCCACCGACUUCGGAGAUGUCCUCAUCAUCAUCUACCCCAUGGAAAACCACAUGUUCUUUGUUCAGAUCAUGAAAAAACCCCAGGUUCCUUUCUUUGGGCCUCUGUUCGACGGAGCGAUAGUAACUGGAACGCUGUUGCCGAGUCUGGUGCGGGCCACGUGCAUCAAUGCCAGCAGGGCUGUGAAGUCUCGACUGCCCCUCUAUCAGAGUUUUUACGAGGAGAGGGCUCUCUACCUGGAGGCCAUCAUUCAGAACCACAAGGAGAACAUGACCUUUGAGGACUUUGCUGCUCAGGUCUUCUCGCCUUCCCCCAGCUACUGGCCAACGGGAGGUGCAGGUUCCCUCAGCUGCAGCACGAGCGCCGACCUCAGUGUUACUGUGACGAGCAACGACUCCGGGGACCAGGUGUCUCCCACCAUACCCCGCGCCUCUAAGAACCGGGUCUCCGGAAAGCUCCGCCGCUCGGCCAGCGCCAUCAGCAAGUCCUCCAACUGAGCGCUUCCUCCGGCCGGCAGACUGCGCUGUGGAUGAAUGUAUCAUUUGACUCUAAUGUUUUCCACCUGUCGUUGUUUUGUUUCUUUUUCCGUUUUGACGCCGAGUAGCAAUGAAAGCUGUCGCAAAAUGAUGUAGCGUCGCCUGCCGUGAAGAAAGAGAAACUGAAGCCGAUCUGCAAUGCUGCACUUGGACCGCGAUUUUUUAUUUAUUUUUUUUUUUUCCAAAACUUUCAAAUAAUACAUUUCGAAGAGGUAUUAGCUAGUUUUGAAUACAUUCUUUGUCAAACACUGAAAACAAAGAGACUUUUUGUCCCAUCGCAGCACUGAGACGCUCUUACAGCGCUUUGGGAAAAUACUGACACUCUUGAAUCAAAAAAAAAAAAAAAAAAAAAAAAAGAGCCAGUCUCCUCCUUUUUCUACUUUGAUAAUGUAAUCAGCGGCGUCUGAAGUACGACAGACUUCAUCGAAAUCGCUUUCGUGGUUAUGAUUUACUUUUAAGCGACCGGUUCGAUCAUUUCACGGAACUGAUUUCUGCAACAUGCUGAAAGGAAAGGCACGUGUUUGUAUUUCGGUGACCUGCACCCGUCCCGUUCCUGUCAUGUAAAUCUACUCCGACAUUCCAAUGUUUUUGCACUCUCUAUACGAUGAAGAGACCGCAGGUCCAUGUGUGUUUCGUUCUUCCCUCUGUAUUUGGAUGUACAUUGCUUUCGAUUCGCUUUGAUUUGAUUAUAUAUAUAUAUAUAUAUAUUUGUUUCAUGUCGUGUGUGUGUGUGCGUGUGCGUAUAUAUAUAUAUAUACACACACACACACACGCACACACACACUGAGAAACAUCUGCCAUCGUACUAUCCCUGACUAAACGGAGGAGAAGCCUCCAGCUCCUCAGGUGAAGCUGUUCGCAGUGCCUGUGUGAUACCUGUUCGUUGUGUUUGCCCCUACACUUCCUGUUUUCCUGACGAGUCUUACAUUUCACUGGAGUAAAUCGAAUGAUAUUGUCUGCGUUUUGUGAGAGCGGCUUCUGUCUGAUUAGAUGCUGGAUGGGGGUUCUUUUCCACCUGCUUCCCCGAUUCCCGCGUGCCUCUCUGAGUGCCCUUUACCGUACCAGCAGCAUGCCAGCGCUUCUCUCUCUCUCUCUCCUGCCGCCCCUCUCUGUUCCCGUAGAGACCAGGCCUGGUUGCCAUGGAGGCCAGGUGUUCCACACGCUGCAGGCUCCGCCCAGGCUGCAACAGGACACAUGUUGCACUACUUUGCCUUACCUGUACACUCGUCUUUAUUGUCUCGCUUCGCCUGAAACUUUUUCUCUUUUCCGUGCUCUGAAUGAAAAGCGCUGAUGAAUGUAUGCAAACCCACAGCCCAGAUCUGACCUGGGACGACGCGGGCUUUGAACUGGGCUUUGGGUUGAAAAUACUGCAACUGGCCUAACUUCUGUUUGAUGAUGAUGAUGAUGAUGAUGAUGAUGAUGAUGAUGAUGAUGAUGAUGAUGACGACGACGACAUGUUUAGCGUAGACUUUGUUGUUAGCCUUGUAUAUUGUGUCUCUCUCUCUCUUUUGUUCGUUUUUUCUUUGAAUGUUCUAAAUUCUGAAGGAUAUAAAUAUAUUAAUGCCUGUAAUAUAAUCUUUGUAUAAGACAUUGAAGAUAAGGAAGCUUGAAGAUUUCGUCAUGACUUGUUAACAUAUCAGACUGUUUUUAAUAGAAAAAGUAAUCGCUUUAUCUUUACUAGAAAUGUGAAGAAAUCGAAACAUUUCAUUAAAUCGAUUUGAAGUUCA